ACUGGAAGUUUGUUUUUUGCUGUACAGGCUUGAAUGUUUCUCCGUGUCUUCUUUGAGCGCUGCUAUUGGGUGCUGUGAGGGGACGUCAAGUAAGCUCCGUUUUUGAAACAUGAUCUUCAUCCACAUCUUGAAGUUUGAAGUUUGGCCAAGAAUAUACAGAGUAGAUUCUCUUUCUCAGGAUGGCAAGUGUUCAUGACAUCAAUACUACCCAAGGCUUCAGAGUCAUUGGAUUGCAGGAUGCAGUGACUUAUGAUGAUGUGCGUGUGAACUUCACUGAGGAAGAGUGGGAUUUGCUGGAUCCUUCCCAGAAAAGUCUCUAUGAAGAGGUGAUGCUGGAGACCUACCAGAACAUCACUGCUAUAGGCUACAAGUGGGAAGACCAUCAUAUUGAAGAAUAUUGUCAAAGUUCUAGAAGACAUGAAAGGCAUGAAAGAAUUCAUAUUGGAGAGAAACCCUAUGAACGUAACCAAUGUGGUAAAGCCUUUGCAAGUGACAAUCAUCUCCAAAUACAUAAAAGAACAAAUACUGAAGAGAAACCUUAUGAAUGUAAUCAAUGUGGUAAAGCCUUUUCACAACACAGUAGACUCCAAUAUCAUAAAAGAAGUCAUACUGGAGAGAAACCCUAUAAAUGUAAUCAGUGUGGUAAAGCCUAUGGACAUCACAGUAGUCUCCAGUAUCAUAAAAGAAGACAUACUGGAGAGAAACCUUAUCACUGUAAUCAAUGUGAUAAAGCAUUUUCAGAACACAGUAGUCUUGAAUAUCAUAAAAUAACACAUCUUGGAGAGAAACCUUAUGAGUGUGAUCAAUGUGGUAAAGCCUUUGCAUGGCAGUCUAGUCUCAAUAUACAUAAAAGAACACAUUCUGGAGAGAAACCUUAUGAGUGUAAUGAAUGUGGUAAAGCCUUUACACAUCAUGCUAGUCUCCAAAGUCAUAAAAGAAUACAUACUGGAGAGAAACCGUAUCAGUGUGAUCAGUGUGGUAAAGCAUUUGCACAUCAAACGAGUCUCCAAUGCCAUAAAAGAACACAUACUGGAGAGAAACCUUAUGAAUGCAAUUAAUGUGGUAAAGCCUUUGCAAGUCACACUCAUCUCCAAGUACAUGAAAGAACACAUUUUAGAAAAAAACCUUAGAAUGCAAUCAAUGUUGUAAAGACUUUGGAUGUAAGAAUAAUCUCCAAAGACAUAAAGGAACAUAUACUGGACAGAAACCUUAUGAAUGUAAUCAAAGUGAUAAAGCCUUUGCAACUCACAGUCAUCUACAAUGACAUAAAAACACAGAGGAGAGAAACCUGGGUAUUGUUUACUCUGAAGCUCCACCAAGUGCAAAACAGACCCUCCCAUUCCCUCCCUGGAAGACAGUUUCUUCCUGACUGCCUUUGGAUCAAAAUGCAGAACUCUCAGCUCCUUCUCCAGCAUCAUGUCUGCCUGCAUGCUGCUGCUGUGCUUCCUGCUAUGAUGAAAAUGGACUAAACCUCUGAAACUGUAAGCCAGCCCCAAUUAAAGGUUUGCUUUUAUGAGAGUCGCCUUGGUCAUGAUGUCUAUUCCUAGCAAUGGAAACACUAAGACAGAAACCUUGGGAGUGUAUUUAAUAUGGUGAAGCCUUUGCACAAUUCUAUAGGCUUCAUCAUCAUGAAAGAAUAUAUACUGGAGCCAGACAGUGGUGGUGCAUGCCUUUAAUCCCAGCACUUGGGAGGAAGAUGCAGGCAGACUUCUGAGUUCUCGGCCAGCCUGGUCUACAAAAUGAUUUCCAGGACAGCCUGGGCUAUAGAGAGAAACCCUGUCUUGAAAAACCAAAACAAACCAAAAGAGUAUGUACUGGAGAGAAACCUUUUGAAUGUACUUACUAUGGUUAAGCUUCUUCCUACGGUUAAGAAGGAAUGACUUUGACAGAAAUAGUUCUCAUUCUCUGUCUUUAGAACGUGAGCAUCACACAGGAGUUCAUGACAAGCUCAUUCUUGGACCCUGUCUACAUGUGUUAAAUCAGAAGUUUUGCUCUCAGUAUAUGACCUCUAGAAAAAUAAUUAAAGGUGGCCCCUGAACUCUUUAUUUCUGACUCUCCAGUUACUACUAAUCUAUCUUUCAAGCAGAGGCCCCAUGUCCUUGAGCUCUCUGGGAGCAGAGGUGAUCAAAAAGGUAGUCAAGGGCUCUGAAGCCCCUCAGGCACACGUGACGUUUCAGGCAACACCAGCCCCACUGAAGCACUCACACAAAACCGUGUUGAGGAUUAAUCUAAUGCCUGCUCUCUGACACAGCGUUUCCAACACAGCAGGUAGAACUUGCCAUAUCCACCCAACAAACCCCAUACACAUCUAGGAAACUUCUACAGCUCAGAAACUCCUGUUGCACCUGAAAUUGGAUUUCCCACAAUCGUGCCAGGUUCAAUGGUGGGAGUGGAAAAGUGAAAAUAUUCUGAUCAAUAUUGCUAAACGAUGAUCCCCAUCACUGCCUUUAUAAGACUUUCAAAUACUUCAUAACAUUUGUCACACAACAGUGAAUGUGUGUGAGCCUAUCCCUAACCACUAACCCUAACCACUAAUUCCUUACCCUGUUAUCUGUUGACUCUCCUCUAUGUAUACUGAAUAGAGUAUAGAAUUAGGCUUAGAUUAAUGCCAGUUUGUCAUUAAUGUUUGUCUGAAGACAGACUUUUUUCCCACAUGUAUUUCCUUCAAGUCUCAUACUCUAAGUGCCUUAAAUGCCUCACUUAUUCCUUCAGAACUUGCAAGCAUUUUUGUAGGGUUUUUUUUUCAUGUUGGAACGUUCCUUCAUAAUCUACAUAUAACGCCUACUUUGUUAAAACUGUUUCAAUGUUUACACCACUCUAACAUUUUAUAUUUGCUAAUACCAUAAGAUACAAUAGGUUUAACAAAUCCACAAUCUACUGUGAGAACAUUUAUUCAAGGGUGGGGAAUAAGCAAUGUUUAUCUCCUCUUUCUAAGUUCUCAGUGGCACCACAUCUCAAAAUUACCAUAGUUCAACCAAAAUGCCAGUGAAAUUACUGAGUUUUCCUCGUAAAAUAUUGACAAGGCAUUUCUUAGGAGACCUGGAUAUCCUAGAAUCAGUCACAAUAAAAAUGCUUUACUCAUACUGUAUGGAGACAGUUUCACAUUACAUAAACAGUUAUACCUCUUCCUUCUUUAAAAAUACUGGCCAGCCAUGUCCUUUUUUUUUUUUUAAUAAAGAAUUAGUAUCAUUUUAAAA